AUGAAGAGGCCAGCUUCGCAGAAAAGGCCUGCUACCAGCCUGCAGAAGACAGCCUCCAAGAGAGGCAAGAAGGAUGAGCAAGUGGAACAGGAAGGUGAAGAGGAAGAACCAAAGGAGGAAGAUGAAGAGGAAGAAGAACAAAAGAGUAAAAGACUACCUCUCACCCAGAAAGCCUUGAAGGACCACCAGGCCUUUUUGACAGAGGCUUCCAAGCUCAGUGCAGAGCAGUUUGACAAGGCUUUUGCCAAGUUGCCUGAGCAACAGCAGCAAUCUCUGUGGAAGAGAUUCGAAGGCAGCAGAAAGUCAGUGGGUAGAGAUGAGGAGUACAAGCAAGAGACAACUGGCACAGAAUCCCAACUCAGGAAGAAACACCUGCUUAGGUCUUGGUGUAUGGAUGGAGGCAAAUGCUCUGAGAGGUACAGGAAAGCCUUUGCCAGCAUCACUUUGGAGAAGAAGCAUGGAGUGGAGAAGACAUGGCUGAGCAAGAAGCAGAUGGAAGAUGAGUUGGGCCUGGAUGAGAUGAAAGCCAGAUUGGCUGCCAGGACCCUGAGAUGGAGGAGGAAUCCAGAGGAUGGGCGCUUUUUCCAAUUCCAGAAGCUUUCUGAGAAGGAAGCCACCUAUGUCAACAAGUCGAAGUCUUCCAAGGUGGAGGCAGUGGUGAUGGGUCUUAAGGACAAAGAGAAGAAUCAGAAGAAGGAAAAGGAUGACAAGUGGGCCAAGCUGAGCCAAGUUGGAGAUGGCACAAAGACAGAUGAGAUCCAAGAGAAACUCAUGAAGUUCAAGACUGAGACCUCCAAAGAUUUGGCCACCUUGGAUGGAGGAGAAUUCGCUCUGAAGAAGAAUGGAGAGAAAACACUCCUAAAGCAUGUGCAGGCAGUCAAGAAAAAGGCUGGUGCUUCCUUGGAUGAGAUCACCAAGCUCAUGGCCAAGAAGGGUGCGAAGAAGGAGGUGGUGGCUGUUCUCACCAAAGCUUUGUCCUGUCUGAAAGAAUGCAAAGCCGCGAAGUUGCAGUUGUCCAAAGCUUUGAAAGCAUAG